AUGGCGGGCAUCACGCUCGACUCUCCGGCGGCUGCGAGACGACGGCGCAGAAGGCGAGUUCCAGACGAGAACCGCAAGAGAGCCCCUAGAGCAGAAAAGAGCCCCGGGGACAUCCAAUCCGAUGCCUUGAAAGACGGGCCUAUUGAGUCUCCCGCGAAUCUAGAAGUAGACACUUGUCAGGCAAGUCCUGAGGGGAGAUUCUCCACCGAUGGGCAUCCAACAGAACGAUUUAUGUGGCCUCGAUUCUUGUCGAGGCUACGAGAAACCUUUUCGCUGGACUCUGAGCCUGAAGAUGAACAAGAUGUUAUCAAAUCUAUACAGGCACAAGCACUGCGUUCACCGCCGAUACAGCCAGCCGAGUUACAGAGACUCCGUAAAGCAGUAGAUGCCUUUCCCCCUCGGCCCGUCGCAAACUUUUUACUGUCCGUUUGUAUUGACCAUGGCACGGACUCUUUCUUCUACUUUAAUCAACCACAAUUUCUGGCCGAGAUCAAUGAGUUUUAUAGCGAUACGUCAUCUCGUCUGCGUACAGACUCCAGCUUCAUAUGUCUCGCCCACGCAGCGUUUGCUCUGGGGAGCCAAUGGACAACCCUGGAGCGACCAGAGAGUUCAAGAUCCUCGCUCCUAACAGAAGAUAGUGAUCCUGGUAGAAUAUUCUACAACCAGGCUCGGUCAUUGAUACCGGAUGUCAUCGAUAUGCCCUGUCUACGAGCUGUUCAGGCCCCUUUUGUUAUGGGAGUUUACCUUUUACCCGCCAGCGCCAUUGGAUCAUCAUACGUGUACCUUGGCCUAGCCCUCCGCAAGGCCCUAGCACUUGACUUACAUCUGACCUCUGACGAUGCAACACUUAGCGAAGAGGAACAGGAGAUCCGUCGGAGGAUCUGGUGGUCAAUAUUUUCUUUGGAGAGGUCCUCGACAGUAAAGCUAAACCGGCCUCGAUCAAUCAAUUCAGCAAUAAUAACCAACACCUUUCCCCAACCGUAUGCGCCUUUGGACAAAUUGCAAAAGUUCAACAACAUUCAACACCAAAUUGCUGAUGCGCGCUUGAUGAUGAUACUCGACCGAGUAGCAGAGCCGUCGGAAUGGCCGCAAGUGCUGGAUGGAUCGACACCAUUUGCAGCAGAGUUGAAAAGCUGGAAACGCUCACUACCAGAUUCACUCAAGCUGCAGAAUAUACACCCUCGAUCAUCGUACUAUCGGGCAACUUUUCAUCUUUACACAAAUUAUUACUUCACAUGGAUUGCCAUGGGUAAAGUCAGCGUGGUUACAGUUGUCCGCGCCAGACUGCGCUAUCAUUUUGGUCGUGAGUCGGAUCCACCAGAAAUUCCUCCACAUAUCGAGGCCUUGUCCAGGUCCUGCGUCAAGGCUGCCAAGAAGAUGCUUCGACUAUUCGAAGAGAUUCGAAGUACCGGCAAUUUGACACGCUUCUCCUUUACCGACUUUCAGGCUUGUAGUAUUGCGACUAUCGUCGUCAUACUUGCUGGUAUUUUGCAACGCGAUGGAGGGUAUGAAGCUCAGGUCACGUUUGGUCUAGAGUGCCUGAAAAGGAUGGCCGAGGGCAACGUCACGGCCAAGAUGGGCGUGAGCUUUGUCGAAGCACUGCAGUCAAUCGCCGACGAAGCUGUUCAGAAAUUACAACGGGUAAAAAGUCCUGAUGCGACAGUCUUGCCAGCAAUACUGCCUCCGAGCCAGCAGUCUGAUUAUAAUAGCUGGGCGACCUGGCUAUCAAGGCAGAACAACUCUACGGGUGUGACUGGCCCUACACCGGAGCUAUUGCAAACAUCACCAAGUGAAAUUACAAACCCGAUCAACAAUACAAACUGGACCCUGGAAUCGAAUCCAACUGGUUUCACCACAUGGGACGGCGCGAAUGUAUUACAACAGCUUUCGGUUCCCAACAUCCCUGCAGCCGGUCUAGCGCAGCAACAAGGAUCAUUCGAACCACAAUCGUUAGACAGUAGGUUUCUCUCCACCAUGUACAACGAUGACCAGGCUUUCCUCAUGGGACUGACUGGUUUCGAUGUUUUGGGCUUCUCUGGACUGCAAGAUGAACUUUAA